AUGGCAGGCACACAUGGAAGUGUGGCGCUUCUGGUUUCGGUGGCUCUUGUUCUGUGGUCCCUCCGGAACCACUCUAAAGAACCUCGUUCCCGGACGCGCAGCAGACGGCGCUUCAUCCUGGAUAUGGCCGAAAGUCUGGUACUCACACCCAGCAUACCUCGUUGUCGCACUGCAAAUCGCCGGCUCCAGGCUGCAUCGGCUCGACGUGUUGAGCGCGGUGCAGACGGUGCGCGCGUGUUGAACUGGUACCACCGUCAGUUUACGGAAGCUGCGCACGAGCGCUACUGCGCAGAUGAUGCGCAGAACAAGCGUCUCCAUGGCAACCUAGCUGAUUUCUUCGCGGGAACAUGGGCCAAUGGAAGAAAAAGGCCGUACUCGAACGCUAAAGGCGAGCGUAUAGAAGAGGACCGCUAUGUGACCUCACAGUCCCUUCGCUUCGGAGAGGAUGACUACAACAUUCGGGCUCUCAACAAUCUGCCCUAUCACCGCAUGCACGCGGGUAACGUUGACCUUCUCAAGAAGGAGUGUCUCGCCAACGUGCACUUCUGCGUUGCUAAGUUACACCCACUUCCUGUUGAGUCGCUCCUCGACGACUUCACGGCGGCCAAAGCGGCGUUCCCCGGGGAACCCUUGAUCAAGUGCAUUCUGGAGGCGCUUCUGCUCUCCCGGAAAAGUCUGCAAACGGAUCCGUUUCAGUUCGUGCCUCAGCUACUAGGACGCCUGGAGGACAACGAGACAACAGCCGAGUUCAAACGGUGCUUACGUGAGUACAGCUCUAAAGUGUGGUUCGAGCCCGAUGUCAACAUCCUGGAACGUCCCGGUGGUCAGCUGCUUCACAGCAUCCACGUGCACGCGUCCAAAAUUGACAUGAUGACGAUUGUGUCAUGUGGAAGUUACGUAAUCACAGUCUGCCAGGGUUUGAAAGAGAUCAAAAUCUGGAACAUCAAGGUCGACCCUCCGCGGUUGCUUCGCAACGUGACGGGUAAAGGUCGGUGCAAAAAGGUGGCGAUUUGUCAUGGCGACGAAUGGGUUGCCAUGGAAGUGGAUAGCGUAAUCAAGGUAGAAACACUCAAAACAGGAAAACAAUGUAUGGACAUACCCUUUGAAGGCGAUGCUGCGUCAAAAGCGUUCUGCGUUGCUGGUAAACGCAAGGAUACGAUCGUCACGUUAUUUGGAAAACAAGUGAACAUAUAUGACGUCACAAACGGUAGCCUGUUGCAGACUCUUACGUCAUCGAGGGCAGCAGCUAAAUUUGGGGCAAAGAGCAACCUAUCAGGUCGAGACAGAUACGUUGGUAUGACAAGCGACGAUCGAAUGUUCCUGUCUGUCCUUGACCUUGAUUCCAUGACCUUGAUGCCAGCGUGGCAAGAGGUCAGGAAAGAAGAUGACGGAACUCAUAAAUGUCAGAUCAACGCUUUUGGCAUUCCUCCCGACGAAACUCAUAUCGUGUACUUCAAUUGGAGCACUAAAGAAAUCGUGUUCGCGGAUUUCAAUGGCAACCGUCUUCGCUGUAUUCGAGUCGACGAGAGGCUCUACAUCGACAGUAUAAACUUCACUGCCGACGGCAGAUUUAUCUUUUGUAUAGAACUAAGCGACGUCGUCUUUAUCAACUAUUCCACAAUGCAGGAGGAAGAUCGUCUGGAACACACACAUAAGGUGACCGGCGCGUGCACCGUUGACAUGGUAACAGUGGUAACGAUUGCAGAAGACAACAACCUCAGGGUGUGGGAUAGAUCCCGUGACAAAAAGGGGACCACACAUAAGCAGGCCAAUGCCCUGGCACACUUCUGGGAUUGUGUUCCGCUUGGCCACCAGGACGCGAUUUUCGUAGCACAGGAGUAUCCGCGUACCGACGGACAGAUGUUUUCGAUUUUCGUCGGCUUGUAUGAUUUCGGCAGACUUGAGUACCGCGCCGUUAGAAAACUACUCCAACAGGAAGCUGGUGUCGCACAAUUUUACAGAGGAGACAACAGAUCAGUGGUCAUGCGCCUUCACCGGAAGGUGUACUUGUUCGACCUUGAAAAGAUGGACGUCUGCAUCGUGUUUCCGGGUAUUGUCUCGGAAGAGAGUGUUUUUUGCGUGACCGAACGGAAGCAACUCCUCGUGACGUCACGUGGUGGCAAGAACUUGAAACUGUACAACAUCACAAACGGCUGCGUUGACGCCAUAAUUAAAACUGGACACACGAAGAAUAUCAACGGACUUGCGGUGAACGAGCCGGGAACGCUCGCCGCAGUGAGCUUAAUCAAGGGACCCAUUGUGCUGAUGAACCUUGUCACAUACUCUCGCAUGUAUGAGAUCUCAGACAGUGCGGAUUUCGUUGACCGGUUCGAUCACUCUACGUUGUUGUUGUUUACCCGGGACAGCACGCGCUUUUUCUUCGGAACAUACAAAGAAUUAAAUCUCAAGUCCUCGGUCUCUCCUGUAUUUGUAGAUCAUCUCAUCUGCUGGGACUUAGAACAAAAGCAAGAACUCUUUGAGCUGUGUGACAGUGAGACACAGGCAGAGUACGAGAAAGUUAAAAGUAACAAAAGAACGAAAAUUACAUAUGUUUAUCGUCUUGAUGACGACCGCAUUAUGACCACGUGCCUCGACAAUGUCGUCCGAGUGUAUGACGUCAAAACAGGCAAGUUACUCCACCGACUGACGGGCCACAAGACGAGGGUGGUGGUAGGGCUGAGUGACGUCACGCCGUACUUCCUGACGUACGGUAAGAACGAGGCGGAGAACUGCAUUUUCCUGUGGGAUAAAGCCACGUGCUCGAGGGUCGCCACCUUCUCGCUGGAUGAGACGGUCAAAGCCCUCUACUGGAGCGAUGAUGGAACGUUUUUUUACACUCCCAGAAAAAUCCUUUCGUACCAAAGAGCUUCUGACGUCAUCACGUGGACAAUUCACAAUGGAAAUAGACCGAGGCCUGAUGUUAAACAGAGUCCUCCGUUAUAUUCAAACAAAGCCAUCCUGUCCCCUCUGAUUAUCAACGCUUCUAACAAAGUCAAGAAAGGCUACCAACCGGAAGUGGGAGAUCCCGACACGGACGAUGAGGUCCAUGAGCACGGACGAUGAGGUCCCUGACACGGACGAUGAGGACUUUGAGGAUAAUUCCGGGUGAGGUGGAUGGCGAGGACACGUGACGUCACAAACGUUAUGUUGUAGGUGGGGCAAGGAGACGCGAUAGGGACCAUGCUAUUGAAGAAAAUAUGUUUUAGUUAGAGUCAUGACAAGUAAUCUCUAAAGUUUUCUGCUUUGGAAUUAAUUCAUUGAUUUCAUAAUAACCUUGUUACUAAACCAUGACGUGAACAACCUUACCAAUACUUAUUUAACAUAUAACCAUACGAUAUAUUUAACCUGGCCCUCAUUGAUGUUUGUCCAUUAUUCACGGAGACAAGAUUAUGAUUCGUUCAGUCAAAGCGAUAAACAGCGGCAUAUCGUAAACCUCCCACUGUGGUGAUGGUACUGUAUACCAGUAAAGCUCUCGCAUAGUGAACGUCAUAGUUUCCACUUGAGCUCUUUUUAAAUUCUUUAUUUUUUCAUAAAAUGUGUGUUCCUCUUUUUGACUGUAUUUAUUAAAUUAAUUAAAUUUUAAAAUAUA